AUGGCUCCGACCAAGAAAUCCGCUCCAGCUAAAGCUGUCGCCGCGAAGAAGUCGGUUGUUAAAGGAAACAACCAAACACACCGCAAGAAGAUCCGCACAUCAGUUCACUUCAGACGCCCAAAAACUUUGAGACAAACCAGAGCUCCAAGGUAGGUGUGAAAUUACUUAAAUUUCACGUCAACCCAACUGCUGCAACGGGUGUACGGUUUUUCGGGUUUUCCGCGAAGUGCUACGAGAAAAAACCUCAACUAGAAUUCAUGAAACUCCUUAUUUACAUAGAUUUGAACACGCUGAUCAUGAAUAUGUAAACAUUUUUCAAAAUGGCUCAGUAGUUUUCUUGCAUUUUGAUGCAUUCAGUCUCACACCCAUUGCAGCAGUUUGUUCUUUGGUGGGUCGACGUGAUUUCUAACAGUUGCACAUUCUUUUGGCGGAAAUUUUAAUUAUUAGUAAAAAUUUGACGAAUUUCAAAUAUGUAUAUGGUCACAAACCGAAAUAACAUUGCAGAUUCCCAAGAAUCUCAGCCACCAAAGAUUCUGGACUUGACAAGUUUGCCAUCAUCAAGUACCCACACACCACCGAAAGCGCCAUGAAAAAAAUUGAAGAGCACAACACACUUGUUUUUAUUGUUGAUGAGAAAGCAUCAAAAAAUCAAAUCAAGAAAGCGUUGUACGACAGAUACCAAGUUAAAGCUAUCAAGGUUAGUUUAUAGGAAGAAAUACUAUGUUAUUGAUGCUUUCUGCUUCAGGUCAACACUCUCAUCACUCCACUUCACCAGAAGAAAGCCUACGUCAGAUUGGCACCGGAUUAUGAUGCGUUGGACCUCGCCAACAGAAUUGGUGUCAUCUAA